CGCAGGGGCAGCUGGGAAUAUGGCGGGUGUGGGUUUAGCUUCUUUGGCAGCUUGGGUCCCUUGGAGGAUCUCGGGAUGGAUGGCCGUCUCCCUCGCUCCCCACUGUGGCCUCCGUGUGCCGCGGUGGCUCCCAGCUUGCAGACAGAAGACAUCGCUUUCUUUCCUUAGUCGACCAGACCUUCCAAACCUGGCUUACAAGCGCCUAAAAGGCAAAAAUCCAGGAGUUAUCUUCAUCCCUGGCUAUCUGUCUCAUAUGAAUGGUACAAAAGCCUUGGCUGUUGAGGAAUUUUGCAAAUCUCUAGGUCACGCCUUUAUAAGGUUUGAUUACUCAGGAGUUGGAAGUUCAGAUGGUAACUUAAAAGAAUGCACAAUAGGGAAAUGGAGAAAAGAUGUUCUUUCUAUAAUUGAUGACUUAGCUGAAGGACCACAGAUACUAGUUGGAUCUAGCCUAGGUGGUUGGCUUAUGCUUCAUGCUGCAAUUGCCCGGCCAGAAAAAGUUGUUGCUCUUGUUGGUGUAGCUACAGCUGCAGAUUAUCUGGUGACACAGUUUAAUCAGCUUUCUGUUGAGGUAAAAAAGGAAGUAGAGAUGAAAGGCGAGUGGUUAAUGCCAUCAAAAUACGCUGAAGAAGGAGCUUAUCACAUCCAGUACAGUUUCAUUAAAGAAGCUGAGCAUCACUGCUUGUUACAUAGCCCUAUUCCUGUGAACUGCCCUGUGAGAUUGCUCCAUGGCAUGAAGGAUGACAUUGUCCCUUGGCAUACAUCCAUACAUGUUGCUGACCGAGUAAUCAGCACAGAUGUUGAUGUCAUCCUUCGAAAACAUAGCGAUCACCGAAUGAAAGAAAAAGCGGACAUUCAACUUCUUGUUUACACUAUUGAUGACUUAAUUGAUAAGCUUUCAACAUUAGUUUGAAUUGUGUCAUGGCAUAAAGGUAUACUUCAUUGUGUAGUUGACUAGAAUCACAUUUUUAGUUCCUCUGUAGACUGAUACAUCCCAAAGAUUGAGAGAGAAAAAAUGAAAAGCCCUGAUACGUUAGAAGGUUUUUUCCUCUUACCUCUACUUUGUAAAUAUCAUAGGAGUAUUUACUUAAUGAUGUAUUUGCACAAAUGGUACAAAUUGUGAAGAAAGUACCAGCUGCUGUUUGGAAAAUUUUCUCCUUCCUUCAAUCCUUGAUUUUUUUUCAUUAAAAUGUGUCCUAUUUUUUAAGUCAA